AUGUCCACAAGUUUCAAGUUAUCGACGCUCCAGUGUCCCAAGAUUGAAGAGGAAGCUGAAGAGAUGGCAUCGGUUCCAUAUGCAAGUGUAGUAGGGAGCUUAAUGUAUGCCAUGGUGUUUACUCAUCCAUAUAUUGCUCAUGUAGUGGAAGCAUUGAGCAAAUAUAUGUCUAAUUCAGGAAAAGAGCGUUGGAUGGCUACAAAAAGAGUGCUUCGUUAUCUUUGCAAGACGUCUGAUUUUGAGUUAUGUUAUGAAGACUGUUGUAACCAGGAGAGCAACCCAAUGGAGACGCAACCAGGCGAGCAACAGGGGAACUCGAAUCCUGCAGAACCACCGGCAGAUGGUCAAGUUCCAACCAAGAAAAGAUACGAUGUUCAUAUAAGCAUUGGAUCAGCUCCUUCUCAAUCCAGAGAUGCCCCAGAAAUAUCGGAAAAUGUAGUGGAUAACCACUAUUACCGACCAUUGUUGCAAGCUGCGUUCCGGGGCGAUUGGCAAUCUGCUAAAAGAUUUUUCGAACAAGAUUCUGCUUCAAAGACGGCCCCAAUAACAAGCAGAUCAGAAACAGUGCUUCACAUAGCUGCUUUGAUGCGUGAUUGUGAUGGCCGCACAGCCCUCCACAAUGCUGUCCUGUGUGGAAGGAUAAGGAUGGUCAAGGCAUUAGUUAGAUGUAAUCCCAAUUUGACGCAACUUGCAGAUAAUGAAGAACGUGUUCCUUUUGGAAUAUCUGCUCUUGAAGCUUCUAUGCAUAAGGACAUUGCCUGGUUCCUGGCAAAACGUACGACAGACGAUGGGCCAAGUCGUCCCUUCAGCAGUCCCUCUGCCAUUGAUACCAUGAUAAAUCUCACCUAUGCUGGUCAUCAUGAUAUCACCAUUUAUCUAGUUUGGCGGUACCCUCGCUUGCUUACCAUGAAGAACACUGAAGACAAAUCUAUAUUGUACGCAUUGGCGAUUAUGGGGUCUCAUUUUCCCAGCGGAACCAGGCUGAAUGUUUUGGAAGCAUUGAUAUACAAAUGUAUUUCGGUGGACUUGAACUACCAGACAAGAGAGAAAGAUUCGCAUACGGCACUUCAAUGUCUUACAAGGUCAGUUUGGAAUGCGGCCAUAACUGUAGUUCCUCCAAUCAAGAGGGUUCAUGAGGUCAAGCUGAAACACGUGGCGGCGGUCGAGUUGGCAAAACAAGUUUGCAUUGCGAUUUCUUAUAUGAAUGCUACCGAGAUCACUGAUUAUUUUCGAAAGGGGAGCGAUCUGCUGUUUCAAGCUACGGUCAAUGGAAUCAGCGAACUCGUGAAGCUAUGUAUUCAGUUUUUCCCAGAGCUUAUUGGGAAUUUGCCUGAUGAUAAGAGGUUGACGACACAUGCUGUGGAGUUUCGCCACGAAAGAACCCUCAGACUCUUUUUGAAGGCGAGUUCAACCAAUGAGUUGUCAUUAAUUCCAGCGCCUACGCGGGAAGAAUCGUCAGAUAUGUUGUUAGGAGCGGCACAAUUCGACCCUAAGCUCGAUUCGUUAACUAAGGUCAGCGGAGCAACAUUUCAAUUGCAAAGAGAACUCCAGUGGUUUAAAGCUGUGGAAAAGUGGGUUAUCCCCGAUGCAAUAACCGACAAUAUAGAUGGCAAAACAUAUUGGCAGUUAUUCGUGGAGAAUCACAAAACGUUGCUUGAGAAUGGAGAGAAGUGGGUGAAGGACACAGCAAAUUCAUGUAUGCUCGUUUCAACUCUAAUUGCCACAGUGUUGUUCGCUGCUGCUUUUACAGUGCUCGGAGGCAAUGAUAGCAAUACUGGAGCCCCCUUGUUGUUAAGACGGGAGGCUCUCCCGAUUUUCGCAAUUUCGGAUGCUUUAGGUUUGUUCUCCUCCGUGACGGCCAUUUUGCUAUUUCUAGCCAUCUUAACUUCGCGGUAUGAGCCGCAAGAUUUUCUUGAUUCAUUGCCUAAGAAGAUCAUAAUGGGCCUUUGUUUUCUCUUCCUUUCCUUGGCUUUCAUGCUGGUGGCCUUCGCUGCAGCUCUCACAAUUGUGUUGGAUAAGAGGCUGGAGUGGGUUUUCAUUCCCAUUACUUUGCUGACCUCUCUCCCCGUAUUUUUAUUCCUAGUACUACAGCUUCCCCUGCUAUACCAAAUGGUUAAAUCUACUUAUGGACCCAGCAUCUUUCGUGCCGAGGACAUUUGGAAGUGA